UUAAUUAGUUCUUACAGUAUUGGUUCUGCGAGAUUUCUUCUCACUUUGCCGCGUGGCUAGGUUUUUGAGAGCCAAAAGCAACGGAUUUUUAGUUUAGUUCAAAAGAAGUGUUUGAGGAACGUUAUACAUCUUAACUAUAACUAGUUGAAUACAUUUUUAUCAAAAGAAGAUGGAUAAAACUUUGCAGGAAAACUUAUGGGAGCUGGACCCAGAAUUGUUUCAAAUUAUUGAAAAAGAAAAAGAAAGACAAAAAUGUAGUUUAGAGUUGAUUGCUAGUGAAAAUUUUACCUCUUUGAGUGUUCUCCAAUGUUUGAGUUCCUGUUUGCACAAUAAGUAUAGUGAAGGACUCCCUCAUCAAAGAUACUACGGUGGAAAUGAGUACAUUGAUGAAAUUGAGAUAUUGGCCCAACAAAGAUGUUUGGAGGCCUUUAAUUUGUCUCCCGAAGAAUGGGGAUGUAACGUCCAACCAUACUCUGGUAGCCCAGCUAAUUUUGCUGUUUACACUGGAUUAAUUCAGCCUCAUGGGCGUAUAAUGGGAUUGGAUUUACCUGAUGGUGGUCACUUGACUCAUGGUUUCUCAACCAAACAAAAGAAAAUAUCUGCUACUUCAAUUUUUUUUGAAUCUAUGCCUUACAAGGUCAAACCUGAAACUGGAAUUAUUGAUUACGAAAAACUUCAUGAAGAUGCCAAAUUAUUCCAACCAAAAAUCAUUAUAGCAGGAGUAUCUUGCUAUAGUCGAUGCUUGGAUUAUAAGCGGUUUAGAGAAAUAGCAGAUGACGUCGAUGCAUACCUCUUCAGUGACAUGGCGCAUAUAUCUGGAUUAGUAGCUGCAGGUGUAAUACCAAGUCCAUUUGAAUAUAGUGACGUCGUGACUACUACAACUCAUAAAACUUUAAGAGGACCACGUGCAGGUGUAAUCUUUUACCGAAAAGGAUUAAAGAAGAUAAACAAAAAUGGAGAGAAAAUUUUCUAUGACAUAGAAAAUAAAAUAAAUAUGGCUGUCUUUCCAGGGUUACAAGGUGGACCACAUAAUCAUGCAAUUGCAGCUAUAGCAGUUGCUAUGAAACUUGCCAAAACUGACGGUUUCAAACUUUAUCAAAAACAAGUUAUUAAUAACGCUCAACAAUUGAGUAAUAGCUUACAAAAAUUGGGAUACAAGAUAUGUACCGAUGGAACUGAUGUUCACAUGUUGUUAGUUGACUUGAGAAAUACUGGCUUAACUGGAUCUAAGGCCGAAAAGAUAUUAGAAGAAAUUUCUAUAGCCUGCAAUAAAAAUACAGUUCCUGGAGACAAAAGUGCAUUUAACCCAAGUGGCAUUAGGCUUGGAACUCCUGCUCUUACCACUCGUGGAUUUUCAGAAAAGGAUAUUGAACAAGUCGCCACUUUUAUUCAUCAAGGACUUUCUAUUGCCAAAGAAAUAACUGAAAAAUCUGGUCCAAAAUUGAAUGACUUCAAUAGAAUAAUGCAAUCAGAUCAGACAUUCCAACAAAAGAUUAAAGAUCUUAAAGGUGAAGUGGAGAAAUUCGCCAAAACAUUCUCGUUACCUGGACAAGAAUCAUAUUAAACAAUGAUGAUAUUAUUAAAAUCAAAAAUUUUAAAAUAUAAAUAAAUGGUAUUGUUAUAAUUUUUUAAUUUACAAAUAAAUUAUAUGUGGGUCAAUUUCACCUAAACGAUC